AGCUCAAAGCCUCGUAUACAAGAGCUAGCUAGAAGCGAUCGUACUACUAAUUGACAUCACUAGCAAUAGCACUAAGCUUGAUGGAGCAGGUGACGAAGCUAGCGGGGCAGCGGGCCGUGGUGAUCUUCGGCAUGAGCUCCUGCUGCAUGUGCCACACGGUGACGAGCCUACUCCGAGAUCUCGGGGCGAACCCGACGGUGGUGGAACUGGACGAGGACCCUUGGGGGAAGGAGAUGGAGAAGGCGCUGGUCCGGCUCCUCGGCCGCAACCCUGCUGUGCCGGCGGUGUUCAUCGGUGGCAGGCUCGUCGGAUGCACCGACAAGGUCAUGUCCCUUCAUCUCGGCGGCAAGCUCGUCCCGCUGCUUCAUAACGCAGCUUGCUGGCUUGGAGGAGGAUGAACACAGAUGAAAGAGGGGAAACAUUGUAGAAUUGUGUAUGUUGCUUGCCAAGUUUAGCUUUGGAUUUUUAGUGCUUUCACACUUCGUGCAGAAUGAACUAAACAUUUACAUGUCAAGAGCAUCUUGAUGCAUAUAAAGAGUAAACGGAGGCAUGAAAUAACGAGU